AUGGGACACUUCCUUGAAGAUGGAGCACCUCCAGCGCCACCUCCAGACAAGUCGCCCGACGACUGGACUCCGUACCGAGAUCGGGUUGAGUUUGAGACUGCGGAGUUUCUGUAUGUCCACAACCAAAUGUCCGCUGGGGAUAUCAACAUACUACUGGAUCUUUGGGCCGCAACCCUCCUGAAAUACGAUGACAAGCCGCCAUUUGCAGACUGCCAUGACUUACACAGAACGAUCGACAACACACCAUUGGGCGAUGUCAAAUGGCAAUCGUUCAAGGUACGGUACACUGGGGAGAAGCCAACAAGCGAUGUACCACCCUGGAUGGACCAGUCUCAUGAUGUGUGGUACCGUGAUCCCCAUGAGGUGAUUCAGGGUAUGUUGGGAAAUCCCGACUACGAAAAAGAGAUGGAUUACCGCCCUUUCCGUGAGUUCUCAGCUGACGGCGACAAACGACAAUGGCAGGACUUCAUGUCCGGUGAUUGGGCUUGGAAUCAAGCCGACAUAAUCUCUGAAGAUCCGGAUAUGCUCGGCUCAACUUUCGUGCCGGUUAUACUCGGAUCUGAUAAGACCACAGUUUCGGUGGCGACUGGUGCGAACGACUACUACCCCUUAUAUGUAUCGAUUGGCAAUGUUCACAACAACGUCCGGCGUGCACAUCGUGACGCCGUUGCCAUUGUUGGUUUCCUUGCUAUGCCCAAAACUACGAAGGAGCACACUGCCGAUGCAAUAUAUCGGAAAUAUCGCCGACAAUUGUUCCACUCAUCCAUCGCCAAGAUCCUUGAGAACUUGAGACCUAGCAUGACCAAACCAGAGGUGGUUCGCUUUGGCGAUGGCCACUAUCGGCGUGUGAUUUACGGGCUUGGUCCGUAUAUCGCAGAUUACGAAGAGCAGGUCCUUCUAGCAUGUAUAGUGUGCGGCUGGUGCCCCAGGUGUAUGUCCAACCGCAAAAAUUUAGAUGAGAAGUUGUUGUGUCGGUGUUGUGACCACACAGAGGCGCUGAUCGAGGAGGUUGCAACAUCCCUUGCUCUGUGGGAUGAGUACGGGAUUGUUGGCGACCUUGUUCCGUUUACCAACGACUUCCCUCGCGCCGAUAUACAUGAGUUGAUUGCACCGGAUCUCCUGCAUCAACUCAUAAAAGGAACCUUCAAGGACCAUUUGGUCGAGUGGGUUGGGAAGUAUUUGGUACACGUACAUGGUAAGAAAGAGGCAGAGAAAAUUCAAGAUGAUAUAGACCGAAGAAUUUCUGCAGUCGCCUCCUUCAUGGGCCUUCGACGUUUUCCAGAAGGUCGAGGAUUCAAACAAUGGACAGGUGAUGAUUCAAAAGCGCUUAUGAAGGUUUAUUUACCCGCCAUUGAAGGCCACGUCCCAACUGAUGUGGUGCGCACGUUUCGUGCAUUCCUUGAAUUCUGCUGCCUUGUACGGCGUAGUAUCAUCACAGAGUCCACAUUAGGCCAAAUCCAGGACGCUCUCGACCGAUUCCAUCAUUACAGGGCUAUUUUUGAGUCCACCGGCGUCGUUUCCACGUUCUCCCUCCCCCGACAACACUCGUGCACCCAUUACAUCCUCCUUAUCCGACUUUAUGGUGCGCCGAAUGGCCUUUGCUCGUCAAUCACUGAGACAAAGCACAUCAAGGCAGUCAAGGAACCAUGGAGACGAUCGAGUCGCUACAAAGCACUCGGUCAAAUGCUGGUGACAAACCAGCGCUUAGACAAACUUGCAGCAGCGCACAUGGAUUUCAAGAGCCGUGGAAUGUUGAACGGCACCUGUCUGUCUGCAAUGCUUCAAAGAUUAAAGGGUGAAAUCGACGACAGCCCAACGCUGGUACAAGCCCAUGUUCAGUUGGCAAAAACGAUUCAACGCAAACGUGCACGCACUAUCGCUAAUCUAUCAACAGAACUCGGUAUCCCCCAUCUCUACACCCUCCUCCGCCGAUUCUUAUUUGAGCAAGCGAACCCAGACGACCAGCGUGCUCCCUCUGACAUCCCGCUUGCAAGAUGUCCUCAAUUCGAUGGAAAAAUUCAAGUGUUCAAUUCUGCAUCGUCAAUGUUUUAUGCACCCAGCGACCGCAGCGGGAUUGGCGGCAUGCGCCGGGAACACAUCCGCGCCUGCCCCGUUUGGAGAAACAAAGCACCCCGGUAUGACUGCGUGUUCGUUAACAUGGAUGCAGAUGUUGAAGGGAUGGGGGGCAUGGAGGUAGCCCGUAUAAUGUGUAUUUUGUACCCAUGCGCUGUGGUACGCUGGUUCGACAAAGCCAGUGACGGGCCCGACGAAGACACAGGGAUGUGGAUCGUUAAGCCUUCUUUCGAUACAGAUAAUUCGCUGUUCGUUGGAAUCAUCCACAUCGACUCGAUCUAUCGCGCCGCGCACCUUGUUCCAAUCUAUGGAACUUUCAUCUCACGCGACCUCAAGCACUAUGAUUCAUAUGAUGCUUUUCAAGCGUUCUACAUGAACAAAUUCGCAGACCAUCACGCAUUUGAGAUUGCGUCUUAG